UAGAGACAGUAUUGUGGCGAAUUUCUCUACGGGUGCUCUCUGCCGUUGAUUUGAGUCGUUCCGGUAUCUCAGGCUGUAGGAUCGGUUGGAAAUUAGCUUGUGGUUUGAAAAAGUGUAUGAAUAAUUCAUAUUGAAGGAAAUAAAUUUAGCUUUGAUUUAUAGAAGUACUAUCUAGAUGAAGAAAGAAGCUUCAGCUAUUGAAAACGGUUCUCAUUUUCCUCAUUACUUGCAUGAGCUGAGUGAGGAGGAUGAAAAAAGGCUCGAAAAGCUUUUCAAGCAACUCGAUGCUAAUGGCGAUGGAAGGAUUGACGUACAAGAUCUUUCAGAGUCAUUGAAAAGGAUGGGUGUUCAUCAACUACCAGGACAUGCUGAGAAAUUCAUCGAGCGCUCUGACCAGAACCAGAGCGGCGACCUGACGCUGGCCGAGUUCGUGCACUACGUCAUCGAGCACGAGAAGAAGCUGCGGCUCGUCUUCAGCUCUCUCGACCACAACAAGGACGGUCGGCUGGAUCUGGACGAGAUCUAUAGCUCGCUGCACAAACUCGGACUGAAGAUCACCAGAGGCGAGGCCAGGAAGCUCCUUGAGCGUAUGGACAAAGACGGUACUCUGGUGAUCAACUUUGGCGAGUGGCGCGACUACCUGCUCUUCCACCCGAGUUCGGAACUGCACGACAUCCUCCAGUACUGGCGACACUCAACGCCGGCCGCCGCCAUGGGUGCGGGCCUGCGCUCGUCGCGGCCGGGGGCGGCCUGUGCCAUGGUGGCGCCGCCGCCGCCGCUGCAGCCGCUGGCCGGCUGGCUACCGCGCGCCGCGCUGCCGGCCGCCGGCCCGCUGCUGCGCCUGCUGGACGCACGUGGUCUGCUCUGCUUGCAGUACCUGGACAUCGGCGAGGACCUGAACGUGCCGGACGACUUCAGCGCGGCCGAGCUGCAGCAGGGACUAUGGUGGCGGCACCUGCUGGCUGGCGGGGUGGCCGGCGCAGUGUCGCGCACCGCCACCGCGCCGCUCGACCGGCUCAAGGUGUUCCUUCAGGUGCACGGCAAGUCUCACUUCUCCAGCAUCAAGCACUGUCUGCGUCACAUGCUGAACGAGGGAGGCGUGCGCUCCCUGUGGCGCGGCAACGGCAUCAACGUGCUCAAGAUCGCGCCCGAGUCGGCACUCAAGUUCAUGGCCUACGAGUACGCCAAGCGGGCGCUGCGCGGUGAGCGGCCGCGCGAAAUCAGCAUCUACGAGCGCUUCGCGGCCGGCAGCUUCGCGGGCGGCUUCAGCCAGACUGUCAUCUACCCGAUGGAGGUGUUGAAGACUCGCCUGGCACUGCGGCGCACCGGCCAGUACAAGGGCAUGGUGGACGCUGCGAUGAAAAUCUACAACGCCGAGGGCAUGCGCGCCUUCUACAAGGGCUACAUCCCCAACCUGCUGGGCAUCAUUCCGUACGCCGGUAUCGACCUGUGCGUGUAUGAGACGCUGAAGAAGCGUUACCUGCGCAACCACGACGAGACGGAGGACCCGGGCGUGAUGGUGCUGCUCGCCUGCGGCACGGUCAGCAGCACGUGCGGCCAGAUCGCCUCCUACCCGCUGGCGCUGGUCCGCACCCGCCUGCAGGCCGCCGCUGUUCUGCAGCAGCAGGCCGGCGGCGUGGACCCAGCAACACUCAACAUGCGCACGCUGUUCCGCUCGAUCGUGCGCCAGGAGGGCUUCCUGGGCCUGUACCGCGGCAUCGCGCCCAACUUCCUCAAGGUGGCGCCGGCCGUUAGCAUAUCGUACGUGGUAUACGAAAAGUGCCGGACUGCGCUCGGAGUGACCAUGACCUAAUGACGCUGACCGCUAGAGCAUUCCGCGCGUGUUGUGCGUGCCGCCCGCGCGCGCGGCGCCGGCCACGUGCAAUACGGACGAUAGCCAUCGGUAGUAGUGUACUCUGCGAGCGCGCGGCGGCCCGGCGGAGCAAAACUGGCCACCGGCUCGUGGCACACGCGAUCAAAAACCUUCAGAUGAUGCAUCAAUGGAUGUUUUACGCUUCAGGGGAUUUUUAGAGAAAAUUUCGUCAGGAUGAGUGGUGGUUUUUGAUAUUAUUGUUUCAGAGUGGAACUUUGUGUUGUGAAUUUAAUUCAAAAGUUGUUGGUUUUCUGUGAGUGGCUGCCACUCGGUUGACCUGCGGUGCUAGGUGCUCCUGGGUCCCCCGCCGACCGCGCGUGCCGCCUUUUACCUGGGAGAGCGCUGCCCUGCGCGGUGCGUCUCCAGCGCCUCGUCCUAUAUUGAGUCCUGAUCGUUAUUUAUUGAACGUUGUGCUGGUGCGUUUUAGCUAGGCGACACGUUGUUACGAGGAUCCGCGUCGUCCUUGUGCGCUGUGUGGUGGCUGAGAGAUGAGCGAGUAAGAGGUGCGACUGUGGAUGGGUGUGUUAGGGAGCCUGAGAAGUGGACGCGUGCGGCUCCGCCGGGAGAGGGAGUGUCAGUGUGUCUCUUAGGGGGUGUCUGGGUGUGCGACUAGCGGCGGCGUGGGCACGCGUGUACAGUGUACAGGGUACAGGUGUACGGAGCGCGUCUCGGCGGUCCGUCCGGCCAGUCGGUGUAUGAGUGCGAGUGACGGAGCGAAUGAUCUAGCCUGAGGGACACGGAGGCCAUUCGGCCCGCAGCCUUGUGCGAGGCUGCGAGAUACAAUGUCAACCCACCCGUGCGGUCUCCACGCAGGGCGCGACAGAGCCGCAGCGGCCGGCCCUCCUACCGGGCGCUCGCCCAACUAGUACGUGUAGAUACCACUAUUCCGUGAGGAAUUCUUGUAAGCAUGCUUAGGUCAAUCUUAGUCUGGUUCACUUGUACGCCAUUUUCCCGUCUGAUGCGUCUUUCAAGGGUUCGCUCCGCUGGGCGCAAUGAGAACAGUAUUGGCGUCGUUGUAUGGUCUUCUCGUGUGGUGGAUCUUAUAUGCUGUUGUUUUCUAAAUCAAGAAAUAAAUCUGAAACGCGCGUGAA